AUGGUGGAGAGCCCGAAGAUUGCUGACGUGUUCAAGACCGAGCAGACAAACCGACACCGGCCGAGCAUGUUUAACGGUAUCCCUUAUGUGUAUACGAUGGAACAGAAUGAGCCGCUGUGUACCGUCGGAUUGAUUUUUGCCUUACCGAAAGUACCUGGAUUAGGCUCAAGUUUAUCAGCCCUAUGGAAGACCGUCGGAAGCUCUGCAAUUACAUGCCAGAUCGAUGAAGAGACAUGCUUACUCGGAUUUCAUGUCCUACGGAACGACAAGAUUGCCUUGGAUCGGAAACUGCAAUCUAUUAAGAAGUUUCUCCAUUCCGAAGGAAUCAAGCCAAGUGUGUUUGCACACACAUUUAAUAGCGAUAAAAAAUGCUUAUUAGACGGAGAUCCGAUCCGCAUUUUCGAAGGCAUAGUGAACAUGCAUACACUCGGGGAUGUAACCUCCUUCAAGACGCCACCCCACCGUCAGUUUCCCGCGUUCGCGGACAUAGUCGACAUUGAAACGCUCAGAAAUAUUCUGAGUACAUCCAAAACCGCGCUAGUAUCUCUUAACGGAAACGAAGAACGCUCCCGGUACAUAAUUAACGUCUUAGGAAUUGGCAGGCACACCACCGCCGUGAACACUACCCAGACGAAGCCUAUCCAGACGACGCGUACCCAGACGAAGCCUCCUUACCCGACUAAGUCGGAGGGCCAGACGGAGACCGCUCCCUCGACUCUCGCGUCAGGGCACUCGAUAAUGUCUACCUCGGAAAGCAUGGUGUGUUCAUCCGAAGAAGUGCAACAGUCUGGGUCUGGGUCGGGUACCAGUGUAACGGACGUGGGUUACGAAUGGGACCGUUGUGGUGAUCUGGUGUACGUUGGAAAGUUCUGGAAUGCCCAAGAAUUUUCACUGAUACCUUUCGGUGACUAUAAAGAUGCCCAGACAGGUUGGGGUCUGGUGCCGAGUGUAGUUGAGACCAUCCUAGGCGGCGGCUUUACAUUUUCCAGCGGAGGUCCGGGUAAGGGGUUACUGUCGAGAUACCAACAGCUUGUCUUGCCGUUUGUUGGUGUGCAACACGCAAUGGCGACGACUAAGAAGCAGUGGUUGGGGUAUCACCUGAGUUCCUCACGAGUGGUCUCGUCCAUUGCCGCGAGGACCUGCGAAGACGAGCUGUACAGGCUCGCUGACAAGGGCCCGUCAAAAGAAGAGUUGCAGCGAACAAAAAACCAGCUAUCAUUUAACCUAGAAGACGUGGACACGUUCGACUUGCUACGAAAUUAUGGACAACAGCUACUGCAACAUGACAGAAUAAUGAACUUACCACAAGAUUACUUAUUGGGCAUAGAUGCAGUUACAAAAAAACAGAUACAAAAAGCACUGGCUGCCAUACUCAGCCGUCCUCCCAUUAAGGUUACGCUAUAUAAAAGCUAA